AUGGCCACUUUCCGCCUUCGCCCUGGUUCGUAAAUUGGCUCUUUCGGCUCCCGUUACUCUCCCCAGUUUUCAAUUGCCCGUAGUAGCCAUGGCGGCCAUGAGCUUAUUGCAGCGGGCUUCGGUCACUGCAGUGGCCGCGCUCUCCGGCCACCGGCUUGGUACUCGGCUUGGAUUCGGGGGCUUCCUCACCCGUGGCUUUCCGAAGACUGUCGCUCCUGUGCGACACAGUGGAGACCAUGGGAAAAGACUGUUUAUCAUCAAACCAUCUGGAUUCUAUGACAGACGUUUUUUGAGUUUAAUGAAAUUCUACAUUUUGUUGACUGGGAUUCCAGUAGCAAUUGGCAUAACUCUGGUGAAUAUAUUCAUUGGUGAAGCUGAGUUAGCAGAGAUUCCAGAAGGCUACAUCCCAGAACACUGGGAAUAUUUCAAGCAUCCUAUAUCAAGAUGGAUUGCCCGAACUUUCUCUGAUAGCCCUGAAAAGAAUUAUGAAAAAACAAUGGCUAUCCUUCAGAUUGAAGCUGAAAAGGCUGAUUUACGGUUACAGGAGCUGGAAGUGCGAAGGUUAAUGCGUGCGAGAGGUGAUGGUCCCUGGUAUCAGUAUCCGACUGUUGAUAAGGCGCUGAUUGAUUAUUCUCCAAAAGCAACUCCUGACAAUUAAUCUUUUAUUUCUCUAAAUACAAAGUAUAUUCUCUUUAGGGGAAAAUUAAUAAAUAUAUUCUGUAUUUUUGGUCACAUGAUGAAUAAAAGAUCUUCCAUUGUACUA